AUGAAUUGUAAAGAAUAUCGUCAAGGAGAAAAAAUGCUUCAAUCAUGGCCAGUACAAAUCGAUCAAAAUCAAUACAAUGCACAAAAAUGUCCUCGUUGUAAAAUACAUAUAUCUCGUAAUGUUCGUCAUACAGUUCGUGGAUUAGUUGCUGGUGCUGCAUCAUUAGCAAUACCAGUAGCAGCUGUUGGAGCCGUUGCAUUAUUAGCUGUUGGAACAACAAUAGGUGCACCUACUUAUGGAACUUACCGUUUAGUUAAACACAUUCAUUCAAAACGACAAGAACGUCGUCAAAGAUAUCGUACGAAAACAAUUGCUAGACAUUGGAAUACUAGUGAUAGUCUUUCAACUGAUGAUCAAAUGAUUGAAUCUGAUGAUAUACGAAGAACAGUUCAAGCUAUAGCUUGA